UAACUCUAAAACUCACUUUAUUUGGUAGGACUUACCAAAUACCCCUCAAUGGCAAUGGAUGACAGCGAUACCAUAUCUUAUGGUCAAAAUGUAGCCAAGAUGUUGGAUAUUUAUAAAAACGGAACGGCCCCUUAUAGUACUGCAGUGGACAAUCUCGUCAAACUUACUUUCUCGAUCAGAAGAAUUCGAGUUAUGCAAUGGAUACCUGAAUCAGGCAGAAUUGAGAAAUUCAUAGACAGCCACUGCCCAUUUCUUAAACAUCAAACUUUUCUUUUCUUGGAGUUUGAAUUAAUAAUGAAGAAACCAUGCGAAAUUUUUCGAGAAAUGUGGACCCAAUCGGCCAAAUUCAUCAUUGAAGCAGCAAAAACUACAAAUAAGAAACAAGUAGCAUCUCUAUUAUCGUCCAAACCUUUUCAGAACAUGUCGCCUAGUAAAAAAUUUCACUAA